AUGGUUCAAAUUAUUACAUCUACUUCCGAAUUCGAUCAAGUUUUAUCAUCAUCAGGAGAUUCACUUAUUGUAGUUGAUUUUUUUGCUACUUGGUGUGGUCCAUGUAAAAUGAUUGCUCCAUUAUUGGAUAAAUUUUCAAAUGAAUAUAAUCAAGUUAAAUUUUUAAAAAUUGAUGUUGAUCAAUUAGGUGAUAUUGCUCAAAAAUAUUCAAUUAGUUCUAUGCCAACUUUAGUCUUUAUUAAAAAUGGUCAAGAAGUUGAAAGAGUUAUUGGUGCUAAUCCAGCUGCUAUUAAAUCUACUAUUGCUAAAUUAGCUUAA